CACGCUGCAGAAUUUUCUGAAUUUGCUCGUUUUCUUUCUUCAUCUUUUCUCGUCCUUACCUUUUUUUUUUCUUCCCUCCAUAAAUACCUACCUAUAGACAAUUCACUCUGUUAUCAUCGAAAAUUUCUAUUUAUUUUUUCUCUCGUUUUAUUCCCUCUAUAAUAAUCUUGUCCCCAUUGUUAUCAAGAAAGGGAAAAUAAAGCAAUAUGGCUAUGUCUAUGGAUCGGAUCGCUUUUACCUCAUCUCCAUCCCUUUAUCAACGUUCUUCUGUUCAUCCUCAUGGCUACAGAUCUUCCAGAGUUUUCAUGUCUUCUACCAUUCGUCCCACCUCUACAGAGGUUACUAAUGGAAGGAAGCCGUAUAUCCCUCCUCGAGAGGUGCAUCUUCAAGUGAAAUACUCAAUGCCACCACAAAAGCUUGAGAUCUUCAAGUCCUUAGAAGGAUGGGCUAAUGACAACUUGUUGCCUUACCUUAAACCUGUGGAAAAAUCAUGGCAGCCAACAGAUUUCCUCCCUGAAGCUGAUUCAGAAGGGUUCUAUGAUCAAGUGAAGGAGUUAAGAGAGAGGUGUAAGGAGCUUUCUGAUGACUACUUUGUAGUGCUUAUUGGUGAUAUGAUCACAGAGGAAGCACUUCCUACUUAUCAGACCAUGAUUAAUACAUUGGAUGGAGUUAGAGAUGAGACUGGAGCAAGUCCUACUCCUUGGGCAGUGUGGACAAGGGCCUGGACUGCUGAAGAGAAUAGACAUGGUGAUCUUCUUAACAAGUAUCUUUACCUCUCUGGAAGAGUAGAUAUGAGGCAGAUUGAAAAGACUAUUCAGUAUCUGAUUGGUUCUGGAAUGGAUCCAAAGACUGAAAACAACCCUUACUUGGGUUUCAUCUACACAUCUUUUCAAGAGAGAGCUACAUUCAUCUCUCAUGGAAACACUGCUGGGUUAGCAAAGAAGCUUGGGGACUCUAAACUAGCGCAGAUUUGCGGCACUAUUGCUGCUGAUGAGAAGCGUCAUGAGACUGCUUACACCAAGAUUGUGGAGAAGCUUUUUGAGAUUGAUCCUGACACCACUAUUGUAGGCUUUGCUGACAUGAUGAAGAAAAAGAUAGCCAUGCCUGCUCAUCUGAUGUAUGAUGGACGUGAUGACAAUCUGUUUGAGCAUUUCUCCUCCGUGGCACAGAGGCUUGGUGUCUACACUGCUAGGGACUAUGCUGAUAUACUGGAGUUUCUUGUGAGGAGGUGGAACAUAGAGAACUUGGCAGACCUUUCUGGUGAAGGACACAAGGCCCAGGACUACCUCUGUGGACUGCCUGCUAGGAUCCGCAAACUUGAAGAGAGGGCUCAAGGGAGAGGCAACAAAGAAGCUGCAAGAAACAUACCUUUCAGCUGGAUUUUCGGUAGAGAGAUCAGGGCUUAAAAGAAGUAGUAUCAUGAUGCAUAAUCUCUCUCUCACCAUCACCAUGAUAAGGAGGUUCAAGAAGCAUGUUUGUAUUGGAACAUAUGUUAGAUAAAAAGUAUGUGUUUCAGAUUUUUAUUUAUUUAUUUCAUAUUCUCUCCAUUUGUUCUAGACUUCUAGUAUUGUUGUUAUCCACAACCACUUCUCUACUGUUUUUUUCUCUCUCAAUUCCAACAAUUUGUAAUUUAAAAGAUUGGUUUGCACUGUGUUUUCGCAGAGAUUGUUACAAGUAUGUGUUUAUAUAUUUAUUUAUUUCGAAUUCUCCAUUUGUUCUAAGUAUUGUUC